AUGUUGUCACACAUGACGCUCAGACAGUUCAUGCUUCGGGCAGAAGUUCUUAGACUCUAUCGGGAAAUGCUUCGGCUGACCUACAGAGUAGCAGAUGUGGACCAGAGGAAGCAUCUUCAGCAGUGGAUCAGGAAAGACUUUGAACUGAACAAGCAUCAUACAGAUGAGGAAGUGAUCCGUAUGAUGCUUAGCAAGGGAAAGCUAUCUUUGCGUGAACUUGAGCAGACUGUCAUGAUGGUGCAGUGA